GGUUUCAUACCAGGGGCCUCCUUUGUAUGAAUGGGGCUGAGUUAGGAGGAGAAGGAAGAGGAGGAGGAGGAGGAAGAAAAAGAAGAGUGGAGAGUGAGACGACAGAAAUCAAAGAUCCUCUCUCCUUUUGUCCGCUUUCUUUGGGACCCCCGUCACAUGGGGUCAACCCGGGCUUGGAGAUGGCUAAUCGUUACGGCUGCAGAUGAGCGCGCGCGCUAAUUAGAAAAACCUGGUGAAGCAAUUAAGCUCAAAGCGAGACGCCGCGCGCGGAUUGGAGCGCGUGGACGGUGAGCGCGUGGAACUUAUUUCCCCAACCACACUUUCAAACGGUAAAGGUGACGCUACUUUUGGCGUUUCGGCCACUUCAAGUAAAGUUGAGGAGCCGGGUUUCGUGACGUGUGAGUGUCCGCGAGGCGACUGUCGGAGCGGCGCGUGCCGGAGAGUGACCCUGUUUAGCGCUCCAGUCACCUCGGCACCAUGAGUUGGAGCUUCCUGACCCGCUUGCUGGACGAGAUCUCCAACCACUCCACCUUUGUGGGGAAGAUCUGGCUGACGGUGCUCAUCAUCUUCCGCAUCGUGCUGACGGCUGUCGGUGGCGAGACCAUCUACUAUGAUGAGCAGAGCAAGUUCAUCUGCAACACGCAGCAGCCCGGUUGCGAGAACGUGUGCUACGACGCCUUUGCGCCGCUCUCGCACGUCCGAUACUGGAUCUUCCAGGUGAUUAUGAUUAGCACCCCUACCAUCAUGUACCUGGGCUUCGCCAUCCACAAGAUCGCACGCAUGGACGACGGCGACUACCGGCAGUUUCGGAACAACAAGAAGAAGAGGAUGCCGGUGGUGAGUCGAGGGGCAGCGCGCGACUACGAAGAGAUGGAGGACAACGGAGAGGAGGACCCCAUGAUCCUCGAGGUGAUCGAACUAGAGAAGCCGGAGAAAGCUGAGAAAAGUGGUUCUGAGAAGAAGCAUGACGGCCGACGGCGGAUUCUUCGCGACGGACUCAUGAAAGUCUACAUCUGCCAGCUGCUGUGGCGCUCUGCCUUCGAGAUCGCCUUCCUUUGGGGCCAGUACGUCCUGUACGGCUUCGAGGUGAUUCCCUCGUACGUGUGCACCCGCUCACCGUGCCCCCACACCGUGGACUGCUUUGUGUCGCGGCCCACCGAGAAGACCAUCUUCCUGCUGGUGAUGUACGCCGUGUCCUUCCUCUGCCUCCUCCUCACCAUACUGGAAAUCCUCCAUUUGGGCAUCGGCACAAUCCGCGACACCUUCCGUCGGCGUGCCGCCCUCAACUCGCGCACCUCCCGCCCGCCCUCUGCCCGCUCCAUGCCAACUGCUCCGCCUGGAUACCACGCCACCAUGAAGAAGGAGAAGAUAAAGGAGCUGAGAGACUUGCCCAUCGGUGACUCCGGGCGGGAGAGCUUUGGCGACGAGGGCCCCUCGUCCAGGGAGCUGGAGCGGUUGAGGAGGCAUCUGAAGAUGGCGCAGCAGCACCUGGACCUGGCGUACCAGGCAGACGAAGGAAGCCCUUCACGCAGCAGCAGCCCGGAGGUCAACACGGCUGUGCAGACAGCUGCUGAGCAGAACCGCCUGAACUUCGCCCAGGAGAAGCAGGGAGAGGCCAGCGAGAAAGGAAUACAUGCCUGAACGUACGUCCGACCUCGGCUUCUGGCCUUGAACACACGGGGAAGCACAUACAGGAAUGCAGUCAGACCACUGAGGGAGACCAAAGCGUGGAUGAGGGGAUUGUGCCUUUCAGUAUUAGUGGUCAGAAAUGCUGACCAGGCUGUGUCGUGACAUUUCCACCACUCAUCCCGGAUUUUGCGCUUGCCAGCCUUCUUUCAUCUCAACGACUCCUUUACCGCCUUUCGCAGUGAUCCGUCUUCAUGCUGGAGUUCUCUAAGGUUCAUGGUUAUCGUUACUUUUUUUUACUUGUUUACUUUUUGUAUUUCUCUGAAAGAGUCACUGCUGAAUGUUUCUUUGAGGCUGGUUGUGUUUAAAGGAUCACAUUUUUUCGGGGGAGGCUUUUGUUUUGAAACAACGGUGAUUUACUGGCAAGAAUUCACACCGGUUCCAAUAUCUUACCACACUAACUCGAGUCGGCCAAACGAUAUUUACCUGGGCGAUGCUUGAAUUCUUAAUUGACAAAAAAAUGCUUUAAAAAAAAAAUCUGUGCAAUUUGUUUUUGUUCUAUGACCAAAGCUCAAGUUUCACCUUUUCUGGGCAAAAAGCAUCACUUUCUCACCUGUUUCAGCUUAAAGCAUCAGUGCUUAUAGAUCCUUCUUGUUUAAGUUAAGUCAUGCAAAGAUUAAAACGCACAUUGAGAAUAUUUUGCUUUGGAAAUGUCCUUCUCUUGAUAUGUAUUGGUUAUUUUUGUGUUUUUCUGUGACAUUUUCAAUCUUUGACAGAAUGUGAGAAAGUAAACACAAACUCGUGAUUCAAUCAUUUCCUUUGAUUAUCCUGAUGGCUGCUGGCGGUGGCUUUAUUGUGCAAAUGCAUCUUUUGUUCUGUUUGGGCCUCGGAUCAUCUCACUUCCAGUUUUACGGUUUACCGCGAGGUACGACAUUCCAGUUUUUAAAUACGGUACUCGUUUGUUGGGUUUGUACUUUUUUCUGCUCCUGCAAGUUUUGUAGUUUUUGUAACUGUAGAGAUUAUUUUUUUUGUCUUCAGAGUAAAUAAAUAUUUGAAACGGG